CAGCAGCAUCCCUGCUCGGCAGCCACUGGCAUGUAAGGCAUGUAACAUCCAAGACAUGAACUCACAACAAGCACCGCUUCCGGGCGGAAUUGGUUUUCUCGCUCCAGCCUUCCUGCUCCAAGCCCCCGUGAUUUUGCUGUGUGCGUCUCAGAACCUGGCGGCUUGCAGUCAGAUGCGGAUGGCCUGGCCCGUGAAACGGCGAGAAACACGCAAUUGGGAGAGGAAGGAAGCCAGGCUUGUCAUCACGACGGAUAACACGCCCAUGCCCACGCCCGCCCAGCUGAGCAUGAACUGGCUUUCACUGCCUGCCAUCCCGCUCCCCCGCUCCGCUCCUCGGCUCCAGCCGACCUCCCCUGCUGCUGACCUGUUUCCCGAUCCUGCGCCCGGCCCCCGUGUCUUGUCUUGAUUGCUUCCCCCCUCCCUACAUGAAGCAGUGUGCUGCCCGGCGCUGAUCGACGGGUGGGCUUCGCGGACUUGCGGCAUGGAAGCAGCAAUAACCGCAUAGCCAACAUCCUGCCCUGUUGCGCCCACUUCGCCAUGGGCAACGCUCAGUCCAUCGAAGCGCCCCGGAGAACGAGAGCAUCCCAGAAGCUGUCCAAGCCGAAGACGGGCAACCAUGCGACAGCCGGUCUGUUGAGCCCGAGCUCUUUCUCAUAUAGCUCCCGCCGCCUCUCCAGUGCUCAGCUGCCCAAUCCUCCAGCAGCGCCCUCCCUCCCAGUCGUCUCGACGCCAACGACCUCGUCUGCCGUCGAAGGCUCGGGUGCCUUUGUCCGACGGGCGGAUAGCGGCGCCUCUCUCCACUCCUCCCCGAGCCUGCCUCGAGAGUCGAGACGGAGGAGCCUGUUUCGCUCUAGGUCAUCGCGCGCCGUUGCCGACUCUCUCGAGCCGAGCCAUAACGCCGCCGCUUCUGGUGCGUGGAUUGUGGACAGGUUUACGAGGACCAAUUCCAUGACCUACGAGUCCGCGAUUGCGCACUAUGGGCACGUAGGUCCUGAUAACUGGCCCUUCGAGCCCGAAUCCCGCACGUCGUGGAACUACAACCUGAGCUCGUACGAGGCAAAGCGUCUGUUGAACCUCGACGAGCAGCCGGGGCUCGAACGAGUGGCCGCAAUGGCCGAGAAUAAGAUGACGGUGAUCACCGAGACCACAUGGAAGAGCUCGAACCCGGCGCAGCCACCGAGUGCCCUGAUUACCCGGACGAGCUCGGACGCGUCGUUGUGCAUGCCGGUCCGAAGGCGAUCCAUCGUUCAGACACCCGGUGUUGCCACCCGGUCGAACUCAGUUCGCGACCUUCCACCAUUGCCCCAGCUCAACUUUCGUCAUAGCCACCCACCGACACCUAGUUUGUCCCGCCAGCCGUCGGUUGAGUCCUACCGGAGCGGCAUCAGGUCGAUGCCCCCUCCCAUUCAGGACCCGGAUGCGCAGCCGCGAGCCGUCACGCCUUGCGAAGACAAGUAUUUGUCGAUCGGUGCCUUCAAGCUCGGUUCGCUGCGCAUUACCAACGGCUCCCCGAGUACGGUCACGUCGGAGAACCAGAGGAGCCAGAAAGAGGAAAGGUCGAGCGCAGGCAAUGACGCGCCGCAGGACGGCUAUUUCUCGGGGGCGCAGGGCCGUGAGACGUGUGUCACCAGCACCGCAGCGACUCGGGAUCUCCCGCAGUCGCCCCCAUUCCUCCCUGAAAUCAGCCGCAGUCCACCGUGGUCGCCAAUCCAGUCCGAUCUCGCAAGCCCGUCUCUGCAGACAACUUCAAAGGUCACAGCUCUGGAGGACAAGCUGUUCGAUGAUGAAGCACAGCCGGAGUACUCCUCACCUGAGGUGCUGGACAUCCGCUUGGACCCCAAUGCCAAGCCGCUGCGCCCGCCCCUUGAGCGCGAUACGGGCAGCACUAUCACCAGGACGGACAGUGGUUUUGUGUCAACAUCGAGCCCAACCACCGAAGCACCCCACAAACCUCUGGCCAAAGCGGAUUCAGGAUACAGCUCCAAUGUGUCUCUGCGCUCGUUUCAAGCUGGACCUCAGGCCUCCGAAAACCAGGUGAUACCUGUCUCUGUGGACAAGCAGCUGUCCCAGUCCUCAAGCCAUCAAGAUACGCGCGUUGACUCGGAGCCGCUUGGUUUGGGCCAAACCGAGAUCUCGUAUCCGGAGAUGCCCGGGAGGGAGUCUCCUCCGCCUCCAGUACCCCCUAAGGAUAUCGCGAGCAGGCAGCCACGGCUGAGUGCCGUUGCGAGCACGGGUGUUUCCGCACGUGGUUUGGUCGAUGAGAACAGAACGAACUCACCUAAGACAACAAGGCAGGUGCCGAAUCCUCGUAUCAGCAUUCCGGCUGUCGGCAGAGGGCCGCUUUCGCCCGGAUCACUACUCCAGAGCCCCGGGAGCAUCAAAUCUUCAACAUCCGAUAAUUCUAGCCGUGCACUGAGCAUCGGUGGAGGUUCCCAGAGGCCCGGUAGGCUGCAGCGGCUUAUCAGCGGAGCUCGCCGGUCGGUCGCCGGUCCCCCUACAGUUCACGCGACGCACGCCGUCGAGCAAAGCACCAUCCCGCCCGUCCCGCGAGAGGUUGAGAACAAACUCCAAGAGCACGCCCGCCGUUUCCCUACGGCAGCAAAGAGGCUGGCGUUGAAGCCCCGCGCGAGCCUGGAUACGCUGAAGACAAUAUUCAGCAUGGGUAGCAUGGAAGCCAGGCUAGAUGCCGUAAAUUCUCGCAAGACCGUGCCCGCCGUGGCCGAGUCGGAUAUCAAGGCAGGCGCUUGGAAACAGACUCUGAACUCGGUGCCGGCCUCCAUCGCCAACGUUGCGGCUCAUGUUAUCCCGAGAAAGCCGAUAUCCCGGAAACCGGUGCCUGUCCGUCAGGAUUCGGCGAAAGAAGGGGAUCAAGAGGCGAGCGGCAGCCGUGGAAACGGUGUGCGCAGCGCCAUGCCUGCCUCUCCCGUGGACUCGAAUUCCUCCCUUCGUUCCCCAAAACCGAGGGGAAGAACCGUCAGCCUCACAUCGUUUCCAGGGGAGCGGGGCACGCAGCUCAGACGCCCUGCAUCAGAUUUCGACUUGGCUCGCUCGACCUUAGAUCUUCCGUCCCCGCCGCUCCCUAGCCCAGUCGCCAAAGCAAUGUCUGCGGAGAGUAAGGCCAGGACGUCACGGCCUGUCACCGCAGCGAGAAGGCCUGAGUCGCUCCGCAUUCCGCCUCCACUUCGGCCACGUUCCUCUACUGCUAGUCUCACUCGCAAAGACAGCCGUGACAGCAUCCAGAGCUACGCUGCUAUGCAGACCCUCGCUAGCAAGACCAGCGUCGACAGUCUUCGCAGCUACGCCAGUAGCCAGCCGGGCGUCGGAAACAGCUCUGUGCACUCGAGACUGCCCAGCGUUGUUUCCAUGGAUCCCCGGCGGCUUCAGUCAUUCCGCCAGCGACACAGCCCGCAGUCUCCACCGUACGACUCUCCAAACUGGGAGGUACAGACCGAGAAUGGCAUGGUCCGAAGCAGGUCUCAGACGUCUGCAGCUAGCGGCAGCCGUCGCAACUCGAUCUCGUCUGUUCACAGCGAGGGCAUCUACCGCCCGGUCAGCAUCCAGGAGUGGCAGUUCCGAGCCGCACAACAACAGCCCCUGCGGCACCGGGCGAGCUACGACGGCUACAGCUACCAGCAGCGGUUCCCUCAGCGCGGGUACCCGCCGUCCAUGUCCAACGGCUACACGGCGCCGGUCAAGCCGGCGUACGACCCGCGCAGCAGACGACAGCUCGACGCUGCCGCGACGUGGAGCAGGAGCCAGGUCGACGCGGCCGCCGGGCAGUGGUACCAGGACGGGCGGCUUCCGCCGUACGCCCCCGUCCCGCGCGGCCACUACCGGAACCGCAGCGUCGGCGCGUGGAGCGUGUACGGAGUCAAUCCGCCGUACCGCGUGCUGCACAGCUACAACUCGCCUGCGUACCGGAACGUUCCAAUCUGGGGGUGAAAUAACGAGGGGGGGUUCAUUUCUUUCCUUUUUUUUUUCCCUUUUUUUCCUCAUCUUUAUCUACAUCAGCCAUCUACACAGCACAUAUGCAUCAUGAUAUCCUGCAUCAGUGGCGUUCCAGUCGUUUCAGCUUCAUCCGCCCGGUCGAUCAUCAUUAUCACCACGGUCCAGCUUCACAACUCGCUAAAUCCGCGAGAGCGGUUUC